CCAUUGAUUCUGAUGGAAACGAAAGAAAAAAUGAAAAAUGGUGUGGUGCUUGCAUAACGCAGAAUUCAUUCACUUGCAACUUCCAAGAAGACUGCGGCAUUGCGUAUCCUUAUUGGCUACAUUCCCCGUUUUUAAUUGAUUGGUCGCACUCAGCACUCAGCAGUCUUACUCUUCGCCACCCCUCACUCAAAUUGAAGAAUGGCGUUGUACGCACUGUCGCGUCGUUUAUCAGCUGGAUCCAACUCAACGACGCUCCUCGCCUUGCGUUUUGCUUCCUCUUCCAGAUCCUACUCCUCUUCUUUCAGGGAAGAAAGAGAUACCUUCGGACCCAUUCAAGUUCCCUCCGACAAAUUAUGGGGAGCACAAACUCAAAGAUCUUUACAAAACUUCGAUAUCGGUGGCCCCCGCGAACGCAUGCCCGAACCAAUCAUUCGCGCCUUCGGCAUCUUGAAGAAAUGCGCUGCGAAGGUGAACAUGGAGUAUGGUCUUGAUCCCGACGUUGGAAAAGCGAUAAUGCAAGCAGCACAAGAAGUAGCUGAGGGAAAACUAAACGAACAUUUUCCUCUUGUUGUAUGGCAAACUGGAAGUGGCACUCAAAGUAACAUGAAUGCUAACGAGGUUAUUGCAAAUAGAGCAGCAGAGAUUCUUGGUCAUAAGCGUGGUGAGAAGUUUGUACACCCAAAUGAUCAUGUCAAUAGAUCACAGUCUUCUAAUGAUACAUUCCCAACUGUAAUGCACAUUGCAGCUGCAAUGGAAAUAAACUCAAGACUAAUCCCCAGCUUGAAAAUCUUACAUGGCACACUGAACUCAAAGUCAAUUGAAUUCAAAGAUAUUGUCAAGAUUGGACGCACUCAUACUCAAGAUGCAACACCUUUGACUCUUGGACAAGAGUUUAGUGGGUAUACUAUACAAGUGAAGUAUGGUAUUGAUCGUGUAAUUGGUACUUUGCCGCGUAUGUAUCAGCUUGCCCAGGGUGGUACCGCUGUAGGGACUGGAUUGAAUACAAAGAGGGGGUUUGAUGCUAAGAUAGCAGCAGCAGUAGCUGAUGAAACAAAUCUGCCUUUUGUUACGGCAGAAAAUAAGUUUGAGGCCUUGGCUGCCCAUGAUGCUUUUGUUGAAACUAGUGGAGCCCUUAACACUAUUGCAGCUUCUUUGAUGAAAAUUGCUAAUGAUAUACGGUUAUUAGGAAGUGGUCCACGCUGCGGUCUUGGUGAACUCAUUCUUCCUGAAAACGAACCAGGAAGCAGUAUUAUGCCUGGGAAGGUUAACCCUACCCAGUGUGAGGCUUUGACAAUGGUGUGUGCACAGGUCAUGGGGAACCAUGUUGCAGUCACAGUGGGUGGAUCAAAUGGUCAUUUUGAGCUCAAUGUGUUCAAGCCAAUGAUUGCCAGUUCUCUCCUUCAUUCGCUGAGACUGCUAGGAGAUUCAUCUGCUUCUUUUGAAAAGAAUUGCGUGAGAGGUAUUCAAGCUAAUAGGGAAAGAAUUUCAAAAUUACUGCAUGAGUCACUGAUGCUCGUCACAUCCUUGAACCCAAAAAUUGGUUAUGACAAGGCAGCAGCAGUUGCCAAGACAGCCCACAAAGAGGGAACUACUCUAAAGGAAGCUGCAUUGAAACUCGGAGUGCUGAGCUCUGAAGAGUUCGACAAGCUUGUGGUACCUGAGAAAAUGCUUGGACCAACCGAUUGACUGGCUCGUAUUGUUUUGUUCUAAUAAUCAUUGUUUCAUCAUCGGCUACAUUGAAGUAGGAUUUUUUAGUCAUACCCGUUGAUUGGAUUGAGAAAUGGCAAUCCAAAAACCAAUAAUUUUGACUUCCUCAAUUGAUAUUCGAGAGGAAAGAGCUCUUCCAAAUUUGUAACGAGGCAAUGUAUUGCAGAAAUUUACUGACCCAAAUAAAGGGAAAUAUUUAUGUAUUUCUACUGUUUUUUGGGUUGUCA